AUGGCCGUGAACAAGAAUCUGAUACGCUCUUCCAUUCUCCUUUACCACAACACGUUCAUCACAAUGCAUUCCUUCCGUCACGCCGCUUUCCGCGCUGCCGCAUCGGUGGCUCGCGCCCCCAGCGCACGAAGCGCGCCCCUCGCCUCCCGUCUCGCUGCCGUCCGCGCCUUCUCGGCCGCUGCUCCCCGCUCCCUCUUCCAGACCUCUGCGCUCCGCGAGGAGGAGUCCACGCCCGUGAACGCCGCCGCCGAGGCCGCCCCGACGCCCAGGAAGUACGGCCCUGAUGUCCUGCUGGGGGAGGACGGGCGCCCGACGCAGGAGCAGAGGAAGAUCUGGGACGACGAGAAGCGGCGCACACUGUUUGUGCAGAACUUUGUCAGCGAGGUGACGGACGAGGACCUGAAGGAGGCCUUUUCCAAGUACGGCGAGGUGACCAAGGUUGCCCGGCAGAAGCCCGGUGUCAACUUCGCCUUUAUCGAGUUCAAGGACGCCGAGGCCGUGCAGGUCGCGGCCGACAAUGUCAACGGCACCUUCUGGCACGGACGCCGCAUGGUGGCCGAGCCCCGGCGCGUGCCGGAGCUGACCAACACGCGCGCGCGCUACGAGGGCCCGCCGACCCUGACCGUCUUCGUCGGCAACAUCUCGUACGAGGCCACGGACAAGGACCUCAACGGCGUGUUCGGCGCGCUCGAGGACGUCAAGAGCAUCCGCAUCGCGACGGACCGCAACACGGGCUGGCCGAUCGGCUACGCGCACGCCGACUUCCACACGGUCGAGGCCGCCACCAAGGCCAUCGACAUGCUCAAGACGCAGAAGAUUGGCGGACGGCCGCUGCGCGUUAGCUUUGCUUCGCAGACGCAGGACGCCAACAGCCGCAGGCGCCCGAGGGAGGGCGGCGACAGGGGCCAGAGGCGGUCGCGCGAGCCCAGGGAGCCUAGGGAGCCCAGGGAGCCCAGGGAGCCCAGGGGACCCCGCGAGUAG